GGAUCUUAGUUCCCCGACCAGGGAUCGAACCCGUGUCCCCUGCAUUGGAAGGCAGAUUCUUAACCACUGUGGUGCCAGGGAAGUCCCUCAUCCUCACUCUUAAAGUGAGGAAACAGGCCCAGAAGUUGGAGGUGAGGUCAGCAGCCCUCACCCAGAGAGCAAAGACGUCAGGCCUGGAGCCCAGUUGAGCAAAGUCACGGCACUCUGUCUCUGCCAGUUCUGGGCCCCCGGGCAGUUGGGGACAGCGCUCCAGUGUCCCUGCUGGCGCUGAGCCCUCUUCCGUGUGGCUCGCAGCCUUCCUCUCACAGGGAGCCAUGCCUGUGACUAGCGCCGGGGCUCCCUGCUGGCCCGCUGCCCGUGGCUUUUACCCCUGGCCGUACCACCCCUGUCACUUCUGCGUAGCCCCGGCUGGACCCAGGGGACCUCGAGGGCUGCUGGUCCGGGCAUCGGGCCCAUGGGCUCCUGAGCCGCCAGCAAGUGGUUGGGGCGGGGAGGAGGGGAGGGCAAGGCAGGGCCAGUGUCGGCGCUUCCCAGGCCAGCCCCUGCCCAGGGCAUGGCCGUCGCCCCCUGCUCUUGGCAGACUCCUCCCUGAGUCCUGCCCCUGCCUCCAGUGAGGCCCAGCUGGGCCCCCUCCCCAUUUCAAGAGCCUCUCCUGCAGCUCCUGUCCCCGCAUUCACCCGUCUCCUUGCUAAGAGGACUCUGGGCCAGCCAGAAGACGCGGGGCACGGGAUCGAUGCCUGAGCUCGAGGCUGUGGGACCGGCUUCUUCCCUGCCCCCAGCUGCCCUGUGAGCAGGUGGGGGGCGUCCUCACCUGCUGCCGGCUAAGGGGCGAGCCCCUCCCAGGCUGCCCUCUCACCUGGUCUGACCCUCUUGGUGGUUGCAGUGGAAGAGGGAAUAUCGAUGCACCCUGUUGGGAGCGCUACCUUGCUGGGUCACUGGAUGGCCUCGGAGCCCAGGGCCGGGCUUCCCACGCUCAGCCUCAGGGCCCUGUGUCCCCAUCCCACCCCCAGAAAGGCCUCCUCACCCCAGGUCGGGCGAGGCCCCAGUGAUGGUGGCAGGCGCGUUCCUGCCCCACCCUCACUCCUGGUAUAUGACUCAGGCCCGCCUUCUGCCCCCGAGGAGUGCCUGUGGUAGACGGGAGACGGGCGGACACAGACGCCUGGGACACUCUACCCUUAGCACCUCGAUAGCGGGACACACAGGAGGGGACUGUGGGAGCUCAGCCUGGGCUGGGGAGGCAGGGGGAGGUCAGGGAAGGCUUCCUGGAGGAAGUGGCCCCCGAAUUCAUUCUUGAGGGCUGAGUGGGCAUUAGCCAGAUGAGAAGGGAGGAAGGGCAGGGCAGGGGAAAGGCCCAGCGUGAACCAAGCUCACGGGUGCCUCAGCCCGCCUUCUCCCCCAGCCCCUCUCCUAUGUCCUGAAAAGCCUCCCUCCAGGUUACUGCUCAUGCCUGCAGGGAGGUCACUCUUGGUCCCCUUUGCUGGCAGGAAGCCUUCCUAACUCCCUGCUCCUCUCCCCCUGAAUGCUGGGCUGGGAGUCUCUGAGGCGACCCGCUGGUUUGGAAAACUGUCUUCCGGGCUCAGUGGCCUCCUCACGUGGCCUGUUGCCUCCCCGGGGCUGUGCUGUGGUUACGGAGUGCAGGUCGAAGGCCGAGGUAGCCCCCCAGGUGAGAGGGAAUCCCCCAGUGCCCCAUGGCCCAGAGGCCCUGAGGAUGAUCUCACAGAAGUAGGGGAGCUAUUUUUACCCGGUGUUUAAUUACACAGCUUGGAUCCCAGAGGACAGAUGAGAUGGUGCUCCCAGGAGCUGCGAGGGAAGGGCCGGGCCGGGAAUCGUGGGGAUCCUGGGAAGGCAGCCUCCGCGGGCUGCGAUGGGACGGGAGCCAUGAAUGGUGCCGCCCCGGUCCCGGUCCCGGUGCCGGUCCCGGACUGGCGGCAGUUCUGCGAGCUGCACGCGCAGGCGGCCGCCGUGGACUUCGCGCACAAGUUCUGCCGCUUCCUGCGGGACAACCCGGCCUACGACACGCCCGACGCCGGCGCCUCCUUCUCCCGCCACUUCGCCGCCAACUUCCUGGACGUGUUCAGUGAGGAGGUGCGCCGCGUGCUGGUGGCCGGGCCGGCGCCGCCGCGAGGGGCGGCCGAGCCCCCGGACGCCAUGGAGCCCGGGCCCGCGGGGCCCCCAGCGCUCAAGGCCGCGCCCUACGGCCACUCGCGGAGCUCGGAGGACGUGUCGGCGACCGCAGCGGCCAAGGCCCGCGUCCGCAAGGGCUUCUCGCUGCGCAACAUGAGCCUGUGCGUGGUGGACGGCGUGCGCGACAUGUGGCACCGGCGCGCCUCCCCCGAGCCCGACGCCGCCCCGCGCGCCGCCGAGCCCCCGGCCGAGGCGCGCGACAAGUGGAUGCGGCGCCUGCGGCUGUCGCGGACGCUGGCGGCCAAGGUGGAGCUGGUGGACAUCCAGCGCGAGGGCGCGCUGCGCUUCAUGGUGGCGGACGACGCGGCCUCGGGCCCCGGGGGCGCCGCCCAGUGGCAGAAGUGUCGCUUGCUCCUGCGCAGGGCCGUGGCGGGCGAGCGCUUCCGCCUGGAGUUCUUCGUGCCACCCAAGGCCUCCAGGCCCAAAGUCAGCAUCCCUCUGUCGGCCAUCAUCGAGGUCCGUACCACCAUGCCCCUGGAGAUGCCAGAGAAGGACAACACGUUCGUGCUGAAGGUGGAGAAUGGAGCAGAGUACAUCCUGGAGACCAUCGACUCCCUCCAGAAGCACUCGUGGGUGGCUGACAUCCAGGGCUGCGCAGACCCCGGGGACAGCGAGGAAGACGCGGAGCCCUCCUGUGCCCGGGGAGGCUGUCUGGCCAGCCGCGUGGCCUCCUGCAGCUGUGAGCUCCUGACGGAGGCAGUGGACCUGCCCCGGCCCCCAGAGACAACGGCAGCCGUGGUGACAGCCCCACACAGCCGCGCUCGAGAGGCUGUCGGAGAAUCCCUGGUCCACGUCCCGUUGGAGACCUUCCUGGAGACUCUGGAGUCCCCGGGAGGCAGCGGCAGCAACAACACAGCGGAGGAGGCAGCGGAGCCGGAGGCCCAGGCCGAGGCCGAGCUGGAGCUCUCCGACUACCCCUGGUUCCACGGGACGCUGUCGCGGGUCAAGGCGGCUCAGCUGGUGCUGGCGGGCGGGCCCCGGAACCACGGCCUCUUUGUGAUCCGCCAGAGUGAGACCCGGCCCGGGGAGUACGUGCUGACCUUCAACUUCCAGGGCAAGGCCAAGCACCUGCGCCUGUCCUUGAACGGCCACGGGCAGUGCCACGUGCAGCACCUGUGGUUCCAGUCUGUGCUCGACAUGCUCCGCCACUUCCACACCCACCCCAUCCCGCUGGAGUCCGGGGGUUCUGCCGACAUCACCCUCCGCAGCUAUGUGCGGGCCCAGGGCCCCCCGCCUGACCCGGGGCCCUCGCCCAGCGCCGCGCCCCCACCGCCCGCCUGCUGGAGCGAGCCGGCCGGCCAGCACUACUUCUCCAGCCUCGCCGCGGCCGCCUGCCCGCCCGCCUCGCCUUCGGAGGCCGGCGGCGCCUCGUCCUCGUCCGCCUCGUCGUCUUCGGCCGCGUCGGUGCCCGGCGCUCCGCGCCCUGCCGCCGAGGGCCCCCUGAGCGCCCGCAGCCGCAGCAACAGCGCGGAGCGCCUGCUGGAGGCGGCGGGCGGGGGCGCCGAAGAGCCCCCCGAGGCCGGGCCGGGCGAGGGCGCCCGGGGCCACACGCGGGCCGUGGAGAACCAAUACUCCUUCUACUAGGCGGGCUCGCCGGCGCCAAGGCCCUGGGGCCACCGGACCCGCCCCCCGAGCACGGGCGAUGGCCCACGGGCGUCCAAAGCCGGACCCUGCCGGCCCCCGCGCCCCACCCGGCGCUGGGUGGAAAAAGCGAAGCUCUUCAAUGAAGACAUAAUGUUAUUAAAGAGCCUGUUUUAGGGACUGCA